AUGGGCAGCCUGCCCGACGAAGAGAGGCGGGCGCCCGACGAGCAAGCAUCGUCCUCUUUGGCUGCAGAGAGGCCGCCUUCGGUGGAGGAGGAGGAGCCGCCGGCCGACUUCAUCUGCCCAAUCACGACCGAGGUCAUGAGCGACCCGGUGAUGGCGGCAGACGGGCAUGCUUACGAGCGGUCGGCGAUCGAGCGCUGGCUCGCGACCAAGUCGACGAGCCCGAUGACGGGCGAGGAGCUCCAGCACACUUGCCUCGCCAAUCAUCACAUGCUCCGCCGAAUGAUUCGAGAGUGGGGAGAGACGCACUCGGCACGAUAG